CUCUGCCCUGCGUCGCCGCCGCCGCGGUCAAAACCCCGCAGGCUGUCUGGUUGAUCGCCGAGCGGGAGUUUCGGCAGCGCCCCUGGAUCCCGUGCUGUGCCGGAGGCCGCAGCCGCACCCGCGCGGGAAGCAUGUUUCGCAACCAGUAUGACAAUGACGUCACUGUUUGGAGCCCUCAGGGCAGGAUUCAUCAAAUUGAAUACGCCAUGGAAGCUGUUAAGCAAGGUUCGGCCACUGUUGGUCUGAAGUCGAAAACCCACGCAGUGCUGGUGGCAUUGAAGAGAGCGCAGUCAGAGCUUGCUGCACAUCAGAAGAAAAUUCUGCAUGUUGACAACCACAUUGGUAUCUCCAUCGCGGGACUUACUGCUGAUGCUAGACUGUUGUGUAAUUUUAUGCGCCAGGAGUGUCUAGAUUCCAGAUUUGUAUUUGACAGACCGCUCCCUGUGUCUCGUCUUGUGUCUCUAAUUGGAAGCAAAACCCAGAUCCCAACGCAGCGGUAUGGAAGGAGACCAUAUGGCGUCGGGCUGCUUAUUGCUGGCUAUGAUGACAUGGGCCCUCACAUUUUCCAGACGUGCCCAUCUGCUAACUAUUUUGACUGCAGAGCUAUGUCCAUUGGAGCCCGUUCUCAAUCAGCCCGUACUUACUUGGAGAGACAUAUGUCCGAGUUUAUGGACUGCAAUUUGAAUGAACUGGUUAAACAUGGUCUGCGUGCUCUAAGAGAGACACUUCCGGCAGAACAAGACCUAACUACAAAGAAUGUUUCCAUUGGAAUUGUGGGUAAAGACUUGGAGUUUACAAUUUAUGACGAUGAUGAUGUAUCCCCAUUCCUGGAAGGCCUGGAAGAAAGACCACAGAGAAAGGCACAGCCUGCUCAGCCUGCUGAUGAGCCUGCGGAAAAGGCCGAUGAACCAAUGGAACUUUAAGUGAUAAACCAGUGCUGUGUGCUUUUCUCAGAUAUGUAAGAAUUCAAGAACUCACCCUAAUGACAGUAAUCUAUAACAAAAAGAAGCAGUCUAGUGGAAAUCAGUCCAGAUGUGAAUCUUUUUCCAGAUAACCUCAUUGAAACCAUAUAACGGGGUGAAUUUUUCUUUAAGAGGGUCUAAUCAUUUUCUAGUAGGUAUCUGCACUCCUGUUUUUAUAUGAACAAUACAGUGUCUUUGUAGCGCUUAACACAACUGUGAAAUAAAGUUGUUUCAUCUGG